GGCUUCUUCCAGCUGGAAUGCUGGAGGAAUACAAAUACAAAAGACCUCACUCAGCCCCCCAGCCAAGAAACAAAAACCCAAGCGAAGGGGGGCGGGAGGGGGGGGGCGAAGCCAUCAUCUGCAUAAGCCUCUCCUCAUUGGUGGAGAAGGAUGACUGGCUGCUGGGUACCCCUGCCGGCGCUUAGGGCUGCUGGUGCCGGGCCUCCGCUUUGCAUCCUGUGGCGGAGACUAGCCGAAGGCGUGGGGCCCUUUGUAUGGCCCUGGCUCCCUCGGACGUGCUGGGAAUGAUCUCUGCGGCCGCGGAGCUGCGAUGAGUUCGGAAGCGUCGCCUCCCAAGCCCGGGCUCCAUCCCCGGCGGUGAAGGCAGCUUUCUUUACCUGCCUGUCGGGCCUCGCAGCCCCUCUGUAUGGUCUCCUUGGAGAUGACAUUUGAGCCGAAGAGGCGAAGCCGGCAUGUAAAUAUCUGGGCGGAGUUCUGUCCUCCGCCUCCAGCCUUGCAAGCUGCAGGGGCUCCCAUCCCUCCAUCCGCCCCCGGGCUCCCUCCCUGAGCUGCUGGGAACCCCGCCUGGAAGAAGGGUGCUCAGACACCUGCUGGGAAACCUGAAUGUGCCCAGGAGCAGCGGCUUGGGCGGAGAGCGGGCGUCGGGGUGAAGUGAGAGGCAGCCACCUUUGCUGACCACAGACAGCUUCCCGGGCUUGGAAGACAGCAGCAGCAGCCGAGAACGAAGGUGAGGACUGGCGGCCGGAAAUACCUAGCUGAUGGAGGACCCCAGGAGCCCCAGCACUGACGACUUGGAAAACAUAAAGACAGAGGCAGCUCCAAAGGAGAAUAUUCCUGGAGAAGACUCAAAGGCUGAUAAUAGCUGUUCUCCUUGUGGAGAAAGUGAGAGCCAGGAAAAGACUCCAGAGGUAAAACAUAAGUGGAAUUUGAGAAAAAGGAGCAAUCACCAGAAGAUUCAAAGUGAAGACAAAAUUAAUCAAGAUGAGGAAUGGGAGGAAGACUCCAGUCAAGAUUCAAACUUUUCUGAACAUCACAAAGAUCAUAAGGUUGAGAAGCUCUAUAAAUGUAAAGAAUGUGGGAAAACAUUCACUCGCAAGUCAAGAAUUAUUCGACAUCAGAAGAUCCAUACUGGAGAGAAGCCUUAUAAAUGUGAUGAAUGUGGGAAAGCCUUCAUGGAGAGCUCAACUCUCAUUUUACAUCAGAGAAUUCAUACUAAGGAGAAGCCUUAUAAAUGUAAUGAAUGUGGGAAAGCUUUCACUCAAAACUCCACACUUGUUAUGCACCAAAGGAUUCAUACUGGAGAGAAGCCUUAUAAAUGUAAUGAGUGUGGGAAAGCCUUUAGUCAGAGCUCCAAUCUUAUUGUACAUCAAAAGACUCAUAUUGGAGAGAAGCCUUAUAAAUGCAAUGAAUGUGGGAAAUCCUUCACUCAAAAUUCGACCCUUGUUAAACACCAGAGAAUUCACACUGGAGAGAAACCUUAUAAAUGUGAUGAAUGUGGGAAAGCCUUCACUCAAUACUCAACGCUUCUAAAGCACCACAGAAUCCAUAAUGGAGAGAAGCCUUAUAAAUGUGAAGAAUGUGGGAAAGGCUUCAGUGAAAGCUCAACUCUUAUUAUACAUCAGAUAAUUCAUACUGGCGAGAAGUCUUAUAUAUGUCAUGAGUGUGGGAAAUCCUUCAUUCAAAGCUCAAACCUUAUUGUACAUCAGAAGAUUCAUACUGGAGAGAAGCCUUAUAAAUGUAAAGAAUGUGGGAAAGCCUUCACUCAAAGCUCAGAUCUUUUUAAACAUCACAGAAUUCAUACCGGAGAGAAACCUUAUAAAUGUGAUGAAUGUGGGAAAGCUUUCAUUCAGAGUUCACUUCUUAUUAGGCAUAAGAUGAUUCAUACUGGAGAGAAGCCUUAUAAAUGCAAUGAAUGUGGGAAAGCCUUCAGUCGGAGUUCAAACCUUGUUGUACAUCAGAAGACUCAUUUUGGAGAGAAGCAUAUUGUAAAAAAUACAGGACAUCCUUCUUGUGAUAUUAAGCAGGAAGAGAUUCAUAUUGGAGAAUAGCCUUUUUAAUAUAAUUAGUGUAGGAAAGUCAUCAGUGGCACUUCAACCAGUAUAUAUAUGUAAUAUUGGAAAUUGAAGAAUAAAAAAGCAUUUGUUAGGAAUUCACUAUGUGCCAAGUGCUGGGUUAAUUACUGAGUAUUCAGGUAAUAAGACAGUCCCUAUUCUCAAAAUGCUUCUAACCUAAUUUGGGAAGACGACAUGUUAAUUCAACCAGCUGCAAAAUGGAAGGGAAAGGCACAAAAUAUUAAGGAAUCAAGUAUAAGUUCAAUAGCAAUGCCCAUCACUUCUUAGCAAGAAUCUGGAUUUUUGUCCAAAAAUGGCUGCCCAUCCUAAUUACGAAUGGGGGAGUGGUUUUGAGGGUCUGAGUGGAAAAGGAAAUGUAGAUGCUCUCUGGGAAGGGACUGGAAUUUGAAGCAUUGUCAGAAGUAGAAGAGAGAAAGAGCCAUUUAAGAAAGGAGGAAGAUUUUUGUAGGGAAAAGGAAAUUUAGAUCUCAGGGGGAACCAGUUGGACCUUCCUGUUAAUCCUUCAUGAGAACUGAGACUGCUUAUAAGGCAAAGAGGAAGAUGUCAACUCAUACUGGAUUUAAUUCAUAGAAAUGUAAUGAACAUUUGAAGACUUUCCAAGCCUUGCCCCCAAGAUACUCUCUUCCCAGUUUUUCAUUUGGCUGUCCGGAUUUCAAUACCAUGCCUUAGUUUUAGCCUCAACAUGGAAUCUCCCUCAGUACCUAGAAUCUCUUCAACUUGAAAUAUCUUUUCUGUCCUUUUCUCCUUGACUCUUUCUUUCUGAUUCUGACUCCCUUCUCCUACUGGUGAAUUCUUCUCCAAGCUUCUAUUUGGGGAAGGGUACCAGAAUGGUCAAACUUUUUCUUCUCCUCCUUCAUGCUUUUCUGACUUUGUAGAUUAAAAUACAAAAAAACCCUUGCAUGGGUCCUUGUGCCUCUUUCUACCACUCCACCUUCCAAACCACUGUCAUGUAUUGUCUCCCAAUUAGAAUGUAAGCACUUUAAGGGAAGUAUUUCUGCUUGUAUAUAUAUUGUCCAUUCUCAUCACUGAGCCUGACAAACAGUAAAUCUUUAAUAAAUGCUCCUUGCCUUGCCGUUGUUACACAAUACAAGCCUUACCUAAUAUCAGAGGAUCCAUAGAGGAGAAAACUAGUCAUACAUAAAUUUAGUUUAGUGUUUGUGCUUCAGAUAUUUUUCCUAUAAUGACUUUUUCCUUAAUUCAUUCUGUAACUCUUUUUCAUUUAAUGAGUAUAUUCAAGAAUAUACAUUUAUUGCUAUGAUUAAUGAAUUCAAUUUGCUUUCUGGCAUUUUCUUCAUAUGUAUUGACUGGGUUGAGGAAAUUCCUUUUUCAGGUAAUAACUACUUAUUUCAUUUUCAUCUAUGUCUCACUAAUAUUAUUCUUCACUCUGAUAGUGACUUCUUAGAUAAGAUUUCUUGUAACAAGUGAUUCUAGGCAAUUAAAAGAAUGAUGAUGCCCUCCAUGAAAUAUGGAAGUUAAGAGAUGAGAUGGAUUUAGGGGGGAAAGAUAGUGCAGUCAGAGUAGGACAUGUUGAGUUUAAGAUGUUUCCAAUAUGAAAUGUUGCCAAGGAAGAUGGAAGUGCAGAACAUGGGCUCAGGAAAGAGUGGAUAUAUAGAUCUAGGAGUCAUCAGUGCAGAGAUGAUAGGAAAUCCUGUAUUAGCCAAGGAAAUCACUAAGAGAAGCAUUAAACAAGAGAGAGCAGAGGGCAGGAUUCUGGAGGACAGCAUACUUUGAGGUUAGGACACAGAUGAAGAUCCACUAUGUAAAAAUGAGAUGUCAGACUGUUAGGAGCAGAAUCACAAAGAAAUCCUCUGAAGAAAAUUGAAGUAGGAGAGAAUCCAUGGGAGAAAGAGUGUGUUCAACAUUGCAAUAAUUACAAAGCUUUUCAGGAUGAAGACUAGGCAAAACAAUUUAGAAUUUAUCAAGAUAUAGAAAUCAUAUUGCAAAUGGUUGGAAGGUGAGAAAAUGGAGGUAGUGAGUAUAAGUAGAACUACUUUGCAAGUAUUUUUAUUAAUGCUUAUCCAUUAAUUUAGUGAUUUUGUAAGAGUUUGAAUGCAAAAGGGAGAAGAAUAUAGGGGUUCAGGAGGCAGAUUGAGAGCCAGGUCUAGAGACAGGAAGUCCUGGGUUCAAAUGUGACCUCAAACACUUCCUAGCUAUGUGACACUGGGCAACUCACUUAAUUAUCAUUGCCUAGCCAUCACAGCUCUUUUGCCUUGGAACCAAUACUUACUAUUGAUUCCAGGACAGAAAGUAGGGUUUAAAAAAGAAUAUGGGAGUUCUGAAUGUGUUUGGAGACAGCAGGGAAGGAAGGAGACAAUGUAUAAGGAGAGGUUGAACUCAACUUUGUGCAUAUGUGUUUACAAAUCCUUCAUAGUCCAACCCUUCCGUUCUUCUCUGAAGCACUUCUGUCAAUCAUUCCUCCAAGAUCAUUAUCUCCUUAAUAGACUUUUGAGCAGUAAAAUUCCUCCAGCCAAACCUUCCCAGGCAGAACCCUCAGGGAACCCAAAAAUACCAGUGAUCCUGGAAUCUGCUCAUCCUAGAACAAAGGCACAAAGAGGAUGAUGGAAGGAAUCCAGUUGUGAAGGCGAAGGAUGUAGAUGAUGGAGUAGAACUGAUGUAGCUAACCAAGGUAUUAGAUAAGCAAGGGAGGACAAUAUGAUCAGUACAGGAGUGGUAGCCUGGGGAAGGAGUCAAGUUUUGAGGUGACAAGGUCACAAGGGAAAUAGAAUUAGUAUAAUAUGAAAAAGGAUUUUGAAGUCCAAGAACAUGAUAGUGGAAUAUUUGUGGGAGAUAAACUCAAUGGUAAGACUGUCUCUAUGUGUAGCUGAGGUAUAAUGGCAUUAUGGGAAUUAAGUAGAUUGAAGAAAUAGGAAUUUAGGGUGCUUGCAGGAGUGUAUGUUUAAAAUCUCCUAGUUUAAUGAACAGAUUUUCUUCCUUUUAGGAAAAUCCAAUCCAUGGUUCAAGGAGGAAGGGCCAGAGACUUGCCAUGGUUUGAGGGGAGAAAAACUAUAUCAGGGAAAAGUUUAAAAAUAUUAGUCCUAGGGGGCAGCUGGGUAGCACAGUGGAUUGAGAGCCAGUCCUAGAGAUGGGAGGUCCUAGGUUCAAAUCUGGCCUCAGACACUUCCCAGCUGUGUGACCCUGGGCAAGUCACUUGACCCCCAUUGCCUAGCCCUUACCACUCUUCUGUCUUGGAGCCAAUA